GUAUUUAUGUGUGUGUGUCUGUGUGUGCGUGUGUGUGUGUAUUUAUGUGUAUGUGUCUGUGCGUGCGUGUGUGUGUGUAUUUAUGUGUGUGUGUCUGUGUGUGCGUGUGUGUGUGUAUUUAUGUGUAUGUGUCUGUGUGUGUGUGUCUGUGUGUGCGUGCGUGUGUUAGGGGUAUUGUGAGUUUAACUGGAGGCACUUAUCCUGCCUCCUCUCUUUUGUGACGAUGCGGUGUGCUCACCUCUUCUCCCAGACGGCGUUGGCAUGGACCCGCUCAAAUACGGCCUCAUCGGCGUCACGGCCUUCUUUGCGGUGGUCAUGGCUCUGCUCGUGCUGCUCUGGCUCGUCAAAUAUCGCUCGCUAAUGCGCACCAUUCGGGAACUGAGGGGGGAGCAGCAGUUGCAGAACAUCCCUCCGCCGGACGCCCCGGCCCCGGUGGACACGGUCGCCGUCACGCUGGGGCAGGCGACGCCCUCCGACAGUCCGCUGCAGAGACAAAAAUCCAAGUCGGCCUCCAGGUCACUAUGGAAACCAUCGCAAGCGAAUCCUCGCUUCACAAAGGCUGACCUGAGCCUAAUGCAGCUCAUCAAAGCAGGGAAGGAGGGUGUGUUCUACAAGGCAAAGAUGACGAGAGGAACCUGCAAAGGCCACUCGCUGUUCACCUGCAAGAUUACCAAAGAGGGCGUCUCUGCUAAACGGGUGAAGUCAGAGGUGUCCAUCAUGAGGAAGCUGGGACACCACAAGAACGUGCUGCAGCUGCUGGACUGGAACACCACCGAAGACCCCUACGUGCUGAUCCUGGAGUACGUGAGCUGCGGCACCCUGCGGAGCUUCGUGCAGGCGCACCGGGACAGGCUGAGCUCCGACAGCGAGCUGCAGAACCUCUUCACCGUGGCGGCCUACCACAUAGCGCUGGCCAUGGACCACCUCCGCGCCAAGAUGGUGGUGCACUGUGACCUGGCCCUGCGGAACAUCAUGGUCAAUAGCUUCCCCCGGGAGGUGAAGGUGGCCGAGUUCGGCCUGGCCCGGGACCUCACCCGCAUGAGUAGCCGACGCAGCACCCGAAAAAAGCGCCGUGGGGAACGCGUGCCCCUGCGCUGGUACCCUCCAGAGUACUUCAGGAGCAAUUACUACAGCUUCAAAGGGGACGUGUGGGCGUUUGGCAUAGUGCUCUGGGAGAUGCAAACUUUCGGCACCUUGCCCUACCCCAAUUUUGAGAGCUCAGAAGAGGUUAUCGCCCACAUCUGCGCUGGACACAAAAACGUAGAACCUGAGAACUGCAGGCCAGAACUACUCCAGGUGAUGAGCGAUUGCUGGCUGGAGCCCUACACCCUGAGGCCCUCGUUCUGUGACAUCAUCCAGAUCCUGGAGGCCGUCCUGGAGGACGAUAUGGAUUAUGUGGACGUGGACAACCGGAGGCCACUGGCCCCCGGGCCCCCUAACAACUGAGGAUCCGUGGAACAGGCCUGGAUCUCUGCCCUUCCAGCACUCACAAGGCCAGCCCUCCAUGCGCUGCGCGCUUACAGCAUCAGUACAGGAAGUGCAAAUGGACAAACACUCUUUUGAGCUUCACCAGCCUUCCGCUGAUGCAGGAGAAGUGGGAAGAGCAGGAGAUUUUCAGUGCAUUAGCCCACUAUAACGGCAGUACCUAGGGUGUGUGCACGUCUGUUGGACGUCUGGUGUCUCCAAUCGAGGCAUCUGUUAAUGUAGCGAUGGGCUGACUGUUACCAGGGUUCCCAUGGGCUGACACAUUAUUGGCCGAGUCAGAUGCAGGGGGGGUUCCUGGUACCCUGUUCAGCUGUGGCUCCUCUGUUUGAUUGGCUGACUGCGGCUGCACUGCUCAUCGGGCAGACUGCAGAGGGUGGCUACGUGCGUUUGGAGAACUUGCAUGCUAACAGAUGCCCUCUCAGGUUAAACAAGGUCAUUGUAGCUGUGAGCCCACAGAUACAAUUGGCAUUCCAAAUUUGGGGAUAAAAUAAAAAUAAAUAUAUGAACACCAGCGAAACAAAUACAGAAGACACACAUACCUGUAGCUCUCAACAUUUUACCCAAAACAUUACAGGACGUGCUAUAAAAUGAUCAAGACUUGUGCGCUUGUCUUAAUGACUAUUGCUUUAAUUUAUUUUUCUAUUUUAAAAAAUAAAUGGUUGCCUAUAUCUUUGCAUAUUUAUAUAGUCAUAUUUAUAUCUAUGUAACUGUAACUGCACAAUGAGACCUUAGGGCCAGCUCAGAUGAAAAUCAGACAGGGCAGGAAUUCAUACGCAAGUUGUAUAUGACAUGUUUCCACAUGUAUCACGGGUUGAUGGGGGAAAAAUGUUUGAUUUUUGAGCAAACAUCUUUUAAGUGUCAAUUAAUAUAGUUCAAUCAGAAUUUGGAAUUGUGGAUCCCUUACAAGAAAUGUCACAAUUCUAAAUGUUACGCAGGUUGCUGAGAUGCUAAUAAGUCUAUUUUACAGCAUGUUCUUGGAUUAAACAUCAUUGAGCAUGCAGAAGCAUUGAGCAACAAUUUGUGCAGCAAUAUUUCUGCGAUCAGUCCAGGUUUGUAGCGCUUGACAGAUCGAAGUCUGACCCCUAGUGGUUCCUUUCUCAAAUGACUACCCAGUCUCAGAUUAUCUUUGAGAUAGAGAUAAGUUAUGUUAAUAGAAGUGCAAUCAACACUGUUAAAAAGGGUUUUGCCCACAAAUAAAAAUGCUUUGCAAAAAGA